AAUAAGAAUUGAAAAUUUUAGAUUCACAAUGGGAAACACACAGACAAGGAAAAGAAUGAGUGCUAAGGAUUUUGGCUAUAUUGCUAAAAAUACGGCUUUUCUCACCAAUGAUAUUGUGGAAGAGUAUUAUAGGAAGAUCUCAACAGAAUGCUCGGACGGAAAAAUGGAGCCCGCAGAUUUUCAACACAUUUUCAAAACUGCAUUUCCUGAGAGGCCCCAGGAUAAAUUAGAAAAGCUGGCUGCAGAGAUCACAAACAAAAAUGGAAAAAUUGAUGUUGUGAGUUUGUUGAUGCUAAUCUAUCUGUUUUCUGAGGGUUCAAUAGACGCUAAACUUGGACAGAUUUUCAACCUGUUUGACCAGGACGGAAACGGAAACAUCUCCGUGGACGAGCUUCUCAACCUCAUGGCAUUCUUCAUCGAGAUCGGGGAGGGGAAAAAUCAUAAGGUUGAUUUGGCGACUACCAUGGCUGAGAUGUACAACCUGGGGGACUCAGACAAGAACGAGAAGCUUGAGAAGGCAGAGUUUAUCAGGGGAAUGAAGGGACACCCUGUCACCAAUAAAAUUCUACAGCUUAACAAAAUUGAUGCUCUCCUAGAGAUCAUGUGAUCAAAGAUACGCAUCAUUAAUUUCAAUAUUUGAUCCUUAAAUUGAUUAAUUUAAUGACAACAAAGCUUAUUUAUUAAUAAUAUUUAACAUAUGU